UGUGAGGUUGUGUAAGGUGGAAUCCGCGGUAUAUAAACUGAAUUUACAGCUGAAUUUACAGCAGCUGCAGACUCAACCUGCUGUUUAAACAACCCGGUAAAGAUGUGGGUCUUCUGGACGUUUCUCCUCUAUCUAAGUCUCUCCGGAGUUCACUCCAUGUUCUCCGUGGUCACAGAUUCGGUUCUUCCUCCUCACGCUCUUCACAACCCCACUCAGAGGAAUUAUGGGAUGGCAGUGACGGAUGUGGAUGGCGAUGGGGAUCUGGAGGUGGUGGUGGCAGGGUACAGCGGCUCGAACCUGAUUCUGAAGUAUGAUCGUGAUCAGAAGAGGCUGGUAAAUAUCGCAGUGAAUGAUCGUAACUCUCCGUACUACAACCUGCGGGACCCGGAGGGGAACGCUAUCGGAGUGACGGCGUGUGACGUGGACGGAGACGGACGAGAGGAGAUCUACUUCCUCAACACCAACAACGCUUUCUCAGGUCAGGCCUCGUACUCCGAUAAGCUGUUUAAGUUCCGUAACGGCCGAUUCGAGGAUCUGCUGAGUGAUGACAUCAACGUGCGGAGGGGAGUGGCCAAGCGCAUGGCAGGACGCUCUGUAGCCUGUGUGGAUAGAAAGGGAACUGGGCGGUACUCUAUCUACGUGUCGAAUUACGCUCGGGGAAACGUGGGGGCUCACGCGCUGAUCGAGAUGGAUGAAUCUGCCAGUGAUGUUACUAAAGGCAUCAUCGCUCUGUCUGACGUCGCCUCUCAGGCCAGAGUCAACAAGUACACAGGUGGGCGUGGCGUAGUGGUUGGUCCAAUUCUUAACGACGCUCGCUCUGAUAUCUUCUGCGACAAUGAAAACGGACCUAACUUCCUGUUCCGUAACAACGGUGAUGGCACCUUCACCGACAUGGCAGCUCAAGCAGGUGUGGAGGACAGAUAUCAGCAUGGCAGGGGCGUGGCUCUGGCUGAUUUUAAUGGAGAUGGGAAGAUUGACAUUGUCUAUGGAAACUGGAACGGCCCCCACCGUCUCUACAUGCAGACUGACCAGAAGACCUUUAAGAACAUUGCAACAAAGUCCUUCUCUGUCUCGUCUCCUGUCCGCACUGUCAUCGCUGCCGACUUCGAUAACGACCUGCAGCUGGAGGUUUUCUUCAACAACAUCGCUUACAGAGGAAACGCCCCCAACAAGCUCUUCAGAGUCAUGAGGAGGGAGAGCGCUGAUCCCACCAUCACUGAGCUAAACAUCGGCGACGCCUCAGAGCCUGAGGGCCGGGGAACAGGAGCGACUGUGGUGGAUUUUGAUGGUGAUGGAUAUCUGGAUCUACUGGUUGCUCAUGGGGAGAGCGCCUCCCAGCCCAUCUCUGUCUACAAAGUCAAACAGAGCUCCGGUAAUAACUGGCUGCGGGUGAUGCCUCGCACUCGUUACGGAGCGUUCGCUCGCGGUGCCAAGGUGGUGAUCCACACUAAACAGAGCGGCGUUCACACCCGCAUCAUCGACGGAGGAUCUGGAUACCUGUGUGAGAUGGAACCAGUGGCUCACUUUGGACUAGGAUCUGAUCAGGCCACCAAGAUUGAAGUCUAUUGGCCGGAUGGCCGCUCUCUGACCCGCCCCGUCUCGCCAACUGAUAUGAACACAGUGAUGGAGAUCACAUAUCCUGGAGCUUGAGUGUUUAUCAGUUAUCAGCUCACUCUCUUUACUUUCUCUGUUUUUUUUACGCUUUCGCCAUCAUGCCUUUAAAGUGCAUCAAUAUUAACAAAAAUGCAGACCAGCGCUGUGAAGGGUAGAGUAAAGGGAAAGAACACGAGAAAGAAUGAAAAGUGGCUUUAAAUCCAGUUUUGAAACUCCAGUCAUGUUUGUAUUUAAUUUGCUUUUUUAACUGAUGUUUCUUGAUUCUAUAUAAGCUAACAUGAACUGUCUGUUAACUUCAUUUUCUUAAUAAAAAAUAAAUUAAUAAAGCCUGGGGUAUCUAUUAGAAUUAA